AUGUAACAGUUGACAAUUUAUUUUAGCAAUAAUCAAAGGGCAGGAGUGACAGCAGUGAGUCAUCGAGAAGAUACACGAGUCGAAGUGUAAGCAAGAAUAGGAAUAAGGUAGGGGACAGAAAGCAGCCCCAGGGGAAAGGAUCGAAAAGGAGAUCAUCAUCUUCUUCUAGCUAGCCCAGAAGAACCAAGCAAGUCAAAAAGAUCAGACAAUCAUCAAGGAGUUCUUCUUUGGAGUUAAAUAAGGGAUUAAUUGAAUGUUUAACCUAUCAAACCUUAACAGGUGUUCACUGAUAAGAAUAGUGUUUAUAUCUUCUCGAUACCACAGGAAGUUAAUGAGAAUGAAGUUAUCUAAGAGAUUGUUACUCAUCAUAAAUAGAAUGCACCUAUUAAUCACACUUGGAACACUUCUGAUAAGAUGCAAUAUUUGGAGUUAUAAUUUUAGGAUGAAAAUACUGCUCAAUUUUUAGUCAAUUUGAGGCCCUGUUUGCAAGUUAAGGGCAUUCCUCUUUUGGUUGUGGCUAAAAAAUAACGACCUGUUUAAGAUUUAUUGAGGAAUUAUGAGGUGCAAGUUGAAUUAGAUAGAGAUGUACCUCCUUUUAAUGUCUAUUUGGAGUUUAAAAAGUAUGGAGAUCUAAUUGGGAUUUAUGUGUUUUAGUAAAAUAGGAAUUAUUUACUCUUGUAUUCAUCGUCCUCUUAAUUGCAGGAGGCAUUACGUCCUCCAGUCCAUUUAUAAUUGGUCAUUAACGAUUAAGCUGUUAAUGCUAACGCCAAGAUUAUUGAUAAACCUAUUGAUAUCCAACGACCAUAUAUCAAAGAAACUUUAGCUUAUUAGCUUAGCACUUAAUAGGACAACAAUAGAAAAAGAAAAGAUAAAAAAUGAGAAGCCAUUUAAUUUAAUAUUCAAACAAUAUAAUUAUUUCAUGUGGCGAAA